CAUCUGAAACCCCAAUCUCAGGGCUUUAUAAUCCCGGAAUGAGCGGCAGCAGCUGUGUUGCUCCGGAGGAUGCAAUAAGCAGUCGGGAGCGGGGAAUACUGCCAGUAAUCCUUCUCUGCCUGCCCUUCCUCCUGCCGACCACGGGAACAUGAAGGCUGUUUCUGUCCAGAUCCUGCUUGUGCUGAGGGCCUUGUGCCUGGUCACCCUGGCUGGAGGGCAACCCAAAGCGCCUCUGAAGUGUUCAAAUGAGUGCUCUGGUUUUACAUCUGUGAUAGCAGAGAAGAGGAUAAGGAGCUACCGCCGGACCGAGCCCGGAUGCGCAAAACAAGCCAUCAUAUUAACUACUGUGAAGUCUAAGGAGUUUUGUGCAGAUCCAGAGGCUGAGUGGGUGAAGAAGAUUGUAGAGAAACUGGACCAGAAAAAGGCCACAGCCUCCCCACUUAGGCAUGAUGAAACCUCACCAGAAGAGGCUGGUGAUGUUCAGAAACAGGUUGGUCUUCCAGUGAGGGCUCCAUCUCAAGCCACUGCUCCAGCUGGUUUCUUCCAAGGGACCAGCACAACAGCCUGGGAGAGAAUACAUGCUCCUACUGCGAGGACAGAGGUGUCCAGCAAGUCCCCCCCAGCCAGGCAGGACAGCACCCAGCUCCCUGCAGGGUCACCCUCCGGGACACAGGAAUAUGCUGCACGCCCUGAGGUCACUCCAGAAGCAAACAGAGACUCCUCAAAUUCUCCUGCAUCUUCAACAGCUCUCACAGCAGGCAUGGACUCCAGCCAGCCCAGCCCACAUCCCACAGCUCGUGUGCAUGGCUUUUACAACACCAUGAGAUCUACAGAAGAAUGUGCAGGACAUACUGCAAAUGCUGCAGCUGAUGUUCAAGACACAACUUCUCCUGACUCAGAUUCGGACCCAAUGGCAACUACUAAAGGAUCAGACAAACCUCUACUUUCUACAAGUGAAUCUCUGGACUCUACAAGUGCCAGGGCCAAUGCACCAGACACUGCUUCCAGCAGUUCUAGAUCAGAUCUCCCCUCCACCCUGGACAGUGUGGACAUUGCAACACUCCCAGACACACCAAUUCCACCAGAAAGUAGUUCAGUUUCUACUCUGAACUCCACCAUUGCCACAGACAAAGGGGCUUCUGUCCAUAGCAACAGGGUUGUUGGUUCCUCUACAGAUGGGUCUGGUACUAGAACAUUUGAUUAUUCAUCACCUGUAGGAAAGCAAGAGCCUUCUGAUACGUUAGUUUUUGCUGGCCAGGCGUUCUCAGGCCAAGCCAGGGUGCAGACGAUCACAGACAGGCCAGAUGAUCAGCCUCUGUCCAGCCUCUUGUCUCAAACACACUUUGUCAUCCCCGUUUCUGUGGUAAGCGGGGUGACCGUUUGCACUGUUGCUCUUGUGUGGCUGUACCUGAAGUUUGGAAUGAGACCAGAAGAAUCAUCGAGAGAAAUGGUGCAGGGCUUGCUCUACCAGAGGGCAGGACAUCAGAACAAUGCCUAUCCAAUGGAAGUAAUCUGAGUGCUUCAUGGCAUGGACAUUUUUGGCCUAAACUAUAUGUGUGUGUUACUGCAGAAAAGCUGUUUAUGCUGAACAGGUGACCACCGGUAGGAAGCAAGCCAGGGAACAAAAAUACCAGAGAAAACCUGUAUUUUUGCAGAGCAGAAUGUCCAACAAUACAUCUGUUUCAUCAUUGACCAAUGACAGUGUUUUGGAAAUCAUUGAGACACUUCUUUUCUUCUGGCACUGUUACACAUGACGGCUGUGGCUGUUCUUGCUCUGCUGGUGGCUCUUUGCCAGGGGGAAGGCAGAAGUGGAUUCCCAAAUUGCUGUUGGGAAUUUUUCUGUGAUUCAUCAUGGCUAAGCCAAGAAGCCACUCACUUACCCACACUGUUGGACUCAGGCUCAGCCACCCCAAGCAACCUUAGCACCAAACCCACACGAUUUGCACUUAAACUCUCUGCUGCUUCUCUGUGUUUCAGGUCUCUGCUCUGUCAGACCAAGGCCAAAGCUGGGUGCUGGCUCUCCUUGGGCUGAUCAAAUGUACUCUAAUUAUUUCUUCUUGCUGCAGACACGAGGGAUAGCCCAGCUUUUCAGAAAGAGGUGACCAUAACUGCAUCUGAUCAGGGUGCUGAAGGUCAGUGCUACAGACUUCGUGUUCACAGAAGCUGGGAACCCACAAUCUGUCUCCUCCUUGAAAUCAGGCCCUUCCUCUCAACAGCAUUUCUUCUUGCAGAUGUGGUCUGAGACCUGCUCCUUAGGAAAUCAAUGCAAUGAAACCCUUCUGCCAGCUGAUGUGCCCUGUGUCCAGCUGCAUCCAACACCAGGGCAGGAUAAUGCAAAUGAUUCUUUGCAAAUGGGAGAAAACAAGAAGUCACCCAAUAGUGUUGCUAUUCCUGUGAUAACAUUGGAACACUUUUGCUGUUCUCUGCAAGCAAAAAAAACCCAGGAAAUAAUCUCUUGGAGGAGCUAAAGACAAUUCUGGAUUUAGUCAUGUAGGAAUUACUCCACCACGGCAGAUGUAACAUCCUUCUGCUUCCAUAGUCUCUCUAGAAAUAAGGACAUUUGCUGAUGCACCAAACAAACAAACAAACAA